GACGUCUACUACGCUGACCUCAACAUCAGAAGAAGUUUUUUAUAAACCAAUAACUUCGAGAUCGAGAGCUUCUACAACCAAUGUAGUUGAGAAAAUUACGUGGUCACGCCUUCUGGAUUCUGGAGCACCAAUCGCAAGGUCCGGGCAUACUCUUGUGCGAUUCCAAAUACCAACUACAUCUUCGAAGAAUAUUGAAGUAGCUGCAAAUAUUAAUUCAACCACUGCUCCUCCUUGUUCGUCAACAGAGACCACCUCCAUCAACUACAGAAAUGUACACGAGGACCACCUCCAUCAAGAUGUUGUCCUCUUUCUUGUAGGUGGAUAUCCUUCCCGAGAUAUUAGUACCUCAGGUGACAGACGAGAUGGACUUGGAGAUGAAGACCGCCACGCUAUCUACGUUAGAAAGUUCGUUUCUACUAGCCAGGAAGAACGGGUUGUUGUACAAGGAGAUGAUAAAACCGAAGAUGAACAACAAAGAUUGGAGGAAAAAUGGACGCCUUUACUGGUGCGCGCAUUACCGGAUGUCGUUUGGUGGCCACGAAUGCAUGCUAGGGUAAAUUUGCGGCAGAGUACGACCAUGUGGAUAUCUGGUGGCAUGAGCAGUGAGGGGUACUACGACAAUUCUCUGGUGAAAUUCGAUGUUUUGGAGGCUUUAAGGGAUUCAAGACCGGACUGGCUUCUAGACAGAAGGAAAGUAAAGGAUGGAGAUACGACAAGUGCAUCAAUGAAGGUGGCAAGUAGAACGUCUUCUGAAGAUCAACACGAGGUUCUCCUGUUCGAAGAAAAAAUGCCUUCCUCAUCCACAAGUAAAGGAACAAGAGGAGACUUCUCACAACAACGUCCAGGAUUAAAAGAGUCAGAGGAAGAUAAAACGUACAUUCCUCAACAGCAUGAUUCCAGCAUGAAUACAGCAACAACUACUUCUACCUCGCUGACCGACACCUUUUUAGAACAUGUUGGCACGGUACAAAAGUUUGCUGAGGCGCUCACGACAGUGCUUGGACGCAGCAUCCAGGCACAGUUGAGAAGCGCAUUGGAGCAGAUUUUAGCUCCAGAUUUUGAUCAACCUCCUCAUUCUCAACCUGCUCAACAUGCCACUUUCCAGAAGAACUACGCUUCUCGCUCUGCACCACGGAUCCCACCAUCUUUUCCACCCUCUAUUCUCUCUGAUCGUUUUGGUGACGUUGUUGAAGAGGACUUCAAAAGAGGAGGAGGACCAAGAAGCUCGUCUCCAUCAAGUUCGUCUUCUGUCAACGCACGAGGAGAAUCUGCACAUCAGCCGCGAAAUACAGAGCCGUUAACAUCAGCGAAAUACAGAGCCAAUCUGCAAGGCACUACUCUUCAGACUCAGAGAGAAGCUCCAUCUUGUUGGUUCCUUGUUGCGGCCGGCGCUUUUGCUUGGAGGCUCUUCCAAAAGAGUCCGAUUCUAAAGCUCGCCUCUUCUUCG